AGUGCUUAGCAUUUGACCUUCACCAUGUCAAGCGCUUCUCGGCCCAAGCGCGAAGCAGAAGAAUAUGCGCGCAGCCAGGCAGGCAACUCCAAGAAACCACGCUUCGAUUACCGCAACCCUAGCACAUUAGCAGCAGAUGCGCCCGAAGAGGACCUCAUACUCGACGCCGAUGUGAUUGGGAAAUCAGGCACGAAUACCAAACGGAACGCGGUCAACAUAGAUGGCUAUGAGUCAGAUUCCGACAACGACAAUUUCGAUACGCGAGCUCGAGAGAAGGCGCGGAAGAAGGACAGUGAGGCCAAGAGCAAGGAUGAAGAAGAUGACGAUAUGUUUGCAGAUCUCGAGGAGGAUAUGCAAGCGGACGGGGAUGAGGAUGAGGACCUGUCGAGGGAGGGAAAGAAAAAGGGUAAAGAUGUGAGAUUUCUCGAGCAAGAUGAAAUUGAAGGGCAGGUCAUGAAUAGCGAGGCGGGUGGGAAGGUUUCUGCGGAUAUAUUGCUGGGUGGGAAAGGGAAGAAUAGAAUCGCCGAUGAGGAUUCGGAUUCUUCUGGUGAUGAGGAAGAGCGCGAUCAGUUGCCGGACGAGAUGGACGAUGAAGAUGCAGCUGAGCUUGGUGCUGGCAGCAAGAAGAAGCAUGCUCCUCGCUUAGACGCAUAUAAUCUGAAGAACGAGGAAGAAGAAGGGAGGUUCGACGAGUCGGGGAACUUUGUGCGAAAAGCACAAGACCCAGACGCCGUGAACGAUAAUUGGUUAGAAGGGUUAAGCAAGAAGGAUAUGAAGAGGGCGAGGGAAGCAGAGGAGAAGCGUGCGGAUGAGCGCCGUAAGAGAGCUAUGGAGGAUGAUGCUAUUCUGACAAGCGAUGUGCUCUCCAAGCUCAUAAGUCAGCUUGAUACGGGCGAGACACCGCUGGAAGCAUUAGCACGACUGAACAAGGGCAAAACUACAGAGAAGAAAGUUCCCAAGUGGAAGCAAAAGAAGAUGCAGAAGAAGAGCGACGGCAUGGAACUUGACGAGCCAGCUGCUAACGGAAACAGCCAAACAGAUCCCAAGGAGGAAGCUCGAAAGAAGGCAGUGGACGCUAUCACUGCUGCAGCCGAUGCACUGUACUCACGUGGCCAGCACGAUAUAUACCAGGAAGAGCGUGAGCUCCUGAUGCGACAAUAUCGAAGGGAAACUGGUGAAGAUUGGAAGCGUUCGCCCGCAGAUUCUGAAACUGGCGCUACCAACAGCCACGAUGGUGGGUCACCCUCCUCAGAUACGUGGGAAUACCGGUGGAGCGACGCGCGUGAUGGCGGAGACUCCCAUGGCCCAUACGACGGGCCCACCAUGAAGGCAUGGCAUCAAGCCGGGUACUUUGGUGAAGAUGUGGAGUUUCGGAAAGUUUCUUCUUCUUCAGCAGCAGCAGAGUGGCGACGGAGCCUUGAUCUCAGUUAGGUUCGGACCUGGGACUGUAGUCCUGUCACCUUCUUCCUUUCUCAGUGUCCACUUUGAGGCUGUCUAGUCUUUGAACAACGCCCAAAGUUCAAAGCAAGCAGCUGCAGCAUCCGCAAAGCAAAGUGGCCUGGGAGCUAUGCCAGGUACCUUACACAACUAAGAAGUGGUCAGCGCUAGGUAGUGAGUGCCCUCUCACGCUGUCCCGUCCGAAUCAACACUCUAUGGCAUUUCUAUAUGUACCCUCUGAAGUGUUGUGGCACCGCGAUCGACACGACCACUCUCGCGCCCGGUUUGCAAAACCACGGCCAAAGGCUCAGAGCGGCAAAGCAGGGCCAUUCCAUCCCUCAAGUCCUUGCAUUGAAAUAACGAGAGAACAAACAGAAAUCUACCCAAUACUGCUGCAGACUCUCAGCUUACGUUUCCUCUCCGUAACCCCCGAUGCAGCGUAUCAGUCAAAGGAUGAAGUUACCUCACCUCCUUAGCUACCUACGAUGCAGACAGCAGAUCUCUCGGCUUUCUCGAGAUUGUACUUCUCUCUUCACCAGAGGAGUAGUAGCAGCAGCAUUAGCAGCAGCAGGUUGCAGAAGUAUGGAAAUGCAAGUGUACGAUAGAUAGC